UCUCUUAGCUGUCGACUCGUCGAAAUUUGAGUUACGAUGGGCCAUCUCGAUAGAGAGCAGCAGCAACAGCCGCACCAGUAAGUAUUGUGGCUCGUACGCAUAAGGCAGCUGCGCCCCCGGUCCGAUCAUUAAGUAACGAGACCAUCGAGAGCAGUCGAGCCCAGAGUUCAGUUCGGAGAGCACAUCGCGUAUAGACUCUGUCCACCCCGAGCGCAGCUCAGUAAUAAAACUACGAGCAUCGAUCGCGACGAAUCUCAGCCGUUCUCUGUGUUCCGUGAACUUUGUGUGUACGUUUAGUGUCCAAACUAUAUCCAAGUGCAAGAAAAAUGGGCAAGUGUUGCUUAGCGGGAAUUUUGCUGCUGUUCGUGUCGCUGAGCCACGUGCACGGCAUGGAUCUGACCUACUUGGGAAUGAUGAAGGACAGAGACGCGAACAUCGAGGUGACUCGCUACGCCCAGCCGAUCUGCCUGGUAGUGCCGGAAAGCGUGACCGCCUGCAAACCCGACGAUCCCCUCUACCCGAUCAAACUCACCGGACGAUCCAUGUCCAGCAAGGCCAAAGGCCAGACCAAGCUCCUCGUGUCGGACGAUCGAAUCAAGCUCAGCCUCGGACUGGACCAGCUCGAGCCGUCGAGUCUCGUCUAUAAGGACGAGCUCCACGUGACGAUGCCACCGCCGCAACGAGCGCAGCGAGCCAACUACCGCGUGAUCAAAGGUGGCCGCUCGAUCAGCUUCUGGCAGACGCGCAGGCCGAUCGUCAUCAGUCGAAUCGUCGAGUCGCCGGUCACGGCCACUCUGAUCGUCGCCGAAAAUCAGUGCCUGCCCCUCGACUUGGGCAUCGAGGCCUGUCCCGGAUACAAACUGCCGACCGAGGCCGACUUGCCACCAGCAUCCGACGAUAAAACCAACCACGAGGAAGAUCUACGCGUCGACCUUGACGUCGACGCGCCGAUUCAAAACUACGACGAACUGGCAUCUGCCCUUGCUACUGCUUUGGAGCGUGACAUCUUCAACAAUAACAAAAUGAACACUGCUCAGCCCGAACAAACGUUCAACAUCAUCGGCAGCGUGGUCGACACUUUGUUCGGGCCAACAUCCAAAGUACCAGAAGCACCGGCUACCAAUGACGAAGAGUCGGACAAGUCCGAGUCGUUCUCGUCGUUCUUCGACGAUGCUCUGGUCGACGACAAUUACGAAGCCCACGCAAUAAACACCGAGGAGACUACGUCGAUCCCCGAGGGAGAAAAGAAAGUCAUUCCUACGACGACGGAAGCGGUAAUUACGGAAACCGAGUCAGGAAUUAUCGCCGAUGACAGCUGGAACGAGGCUCAACUCGACGAAUUUUCCAUGAAAUCGUCCAUCGAGGUAUCGCCUACUGCCGAUGCGACCAACAGCGUCCAAUCAAAUCCAUCGACCGCGUCUACGGUUCUACCGACGACUCAUCUACCUUCGCUCGGCCACAUUCAGAAGAGAAAUGUCUCUGCUGCCGAAGUUGUGCUGCAGGCCGACGAAUCGAUGGCAACUGAACCGACUCCGAAAUCCAUAGAAGUGGAGAACGAGCCGAGGUCGAAAGUAACAGCUGUCGACGAAGAGCAAGAGCCCGAAUUCAACAUCGAUACCUUCGUCUCGGAACUGCUGACCAAUGCCGACGAGCCCAGCUCGGAAUCCCACGACGAGAGCGUCUCGACGAAUCUCCAAGACGAGCUCGAACGCAAAGAUUCGCCAAUGACUGUCGAGGAGGCUAUAGAAAAUUUCAUCAGCGUGCCGGACAUGGCAGAUGUCGUGAGCGACGAGAGUUCCGCCAAGGAACCAAAGAUUGCUUAAACUCGCCAUGAAUCUUUUUAUUAUCGUCUGUAAAUAACUAUUUUUUAAUUUGUGAUUUUUCAUUAUAAUUUGAAAACAAACUGUAUAGAUGCAUUUACCCUGUUUCGCUCAAUGACUUGCCGCCAACUCCGUAAUUUAUCAUAACGACAAGAGCAUGCUUACUCUGAACAUUAUUCUCUCAAUUAUACGCACCUCGAGGACGUGCGUUUUUACUAUUAAUUUUGCAUAAAUAAUUUACGAGCGAGUCACAGUCAGGCAUCGUACUUGUUAGAUAUCUUUGUACUUAAUAUAAUACAUUUAAUUUUAAGAUUAUUCUGUGUAAGACAAUGACUGAUGUAAUGGAAAAGAAUAAAUAACAAACUAUACGUAAA